GGGGAGGAGGGGAGGAAGGGAGAAAAGAGAGGUAGAGACAAUGAAGGAGGGAUAAAAAGAGUUGGAGUAAAUCGUCUGGAGUAAAUCUCUCUCAAUCUGAUCAGUGUGUGAGGAGGACUGACUAACUAACUGUGAGGACGCUGUAAGGUUUUUUCCCUUCUUCAGUGGGAGAAAGACCAGACAAAAUACGCAAAAAUAAAGAGAAAUAAGGAAACUGUUUGACUAUCUUUCCAAGGAUGUGUGGGUGCUUUGUGGAUGGAGAUCUUUGUCGUCUUGCUCCCUGAUGUCUCCUUUACAACAACAAAGUCAGCUCAACCUUCUCUUCAGUUGGCGUCACACGUUUUGAAGUGAAGCCAAGCCUCUUACUCCUCCUGGCUGAAAUGUGGCUGGAGAUCAUGAGGAACUCUUUGUCUCUGCAGCUGUCCCUUGUCCCCGUUGUGUUCUCCUCACUCUCACUCCUCCUCUGCACUGCAUCUGCCAGUUCAGGGUCCGAACACGACUAUGGAGCUCACCCGCGCUUCGUGUGCACCCCGCUCCCUGUGGACGCAGACCCUGCCUGCUUCCCCACGGCGGGUCCGGGGACGGGGGCGGCAGGCCACAGCGCACCAGGCCAUCAAAGCCCACCUCCCGCUGGCUGGUGGGGGGCGAGCGAAGAGGCCAAAGCCACCAUCCUCCACCUCAGGGAGAGCCUCGUCCAGCAGAAGGAGACCAUCCUGGACCAGAGGGAGACCAUCAGGGAGCUGACGGCCAAGCUCACCCUGUGCGAGGGCCUGGGACGGGGCGUGUCGCCUCACAACGAGCACCACGGCGCCCCCUCGCACUCGCAUCACGCGGGAGUGGCCGGCCACCACACGCGCGCCGACAACGAGCACUAUAGCAACCAGCAGGGUCACCAUGGAAACAGCAACCUCAUACCGGACUCGCCGCACCACCCCUCUGUGGGUGGGCAACGAUCUGAUGGAGGGCACAGCGGCAACAACCAGGGGAGAGAUAAACAUGUGACACCGGGGGACAUCACAUCAUCGCCGGAGCAGAUGGAGAGGAUGCUGCAGGCGCUGAAGGAGAGACUGGACAACCUGCAGCAGAAGAGGAACACGUCCAUCACGUACUCCAGCUCUCUCAAGGAGCUGCUCCAGAGGAAGAUCAGCGCUCUGGAGCAGCAGCUGCACCGUCGCUCCUCAUCCCCCGGCAGCCAGGAGCACCACGACGACGACGGCAGCCGCCACAGGGACGACGGGGAUCACCACGACCACCCCGAUGACGGACACCCGAUGGACAACCACAACGACGGACACCACGACGGCCACAGCGACAGCGAGGACCACACAGACCAUCACGAUGCAGAUGGUGCCCAUGACGAUGGCCGCCACCAUGACGACGAUGAUGACGAUGAUGAUGAGGAUGAUGGUGAUGAUGAUGGUGGUGAUCACCACAGUAAUGAAGCAGACAGUCACAGUUACCUCCCACACACAGGACACAGAGCACCAGGGCCACGGACCGGGUACCACUCAAAUAACCUGGAAACGAUGCUCAAUCAGCUGCACCUCGGAGGUCCCAGCAGGAAGAAUCCACAGAGUCCCGAUGCCUUCCAGAUCAGCUUCCCCAUGAGGACCAACUACAUGUACGGGCGGGUGAAGAGGACCCUGCUGCAGGAGAUCUUCGCCCUGACUCUGUGUCUCUGGAUAAAAGCGGGUGCCGGGUCUGGACUGGGAACGCCUUUCUCUUACUCUGCACCUGGACAGGCCAACGAGCUGGUGCUCAUCGAGUGGGGGAACAACCCCAUAGAGCUGCUGAUCGAUGACAAGGCUGUGAGCUUACCACUGUCUUUGAGUGACGGGAAGUGGCACCACGUGUGUGUGACAUGGACCACACGGGAAGGACAGUGGGAGGUCUACCAGGACGGAGUGCAGAGGGGGUCCGGGGCAAAUCUCUCUCCCUGGCACCCCAUCAAACCCGGAGGGGUCUUCAUCCUGGGACAGGAGCAGGACACUCUGGGAGGCCGGUUCGAUGCCACUCAGUCGUUUGUGGGCGAGAUGUCAGACCUGCACUUGUGGUCCCAUGUCCUGAGCUCCAGUGACAUCUACAGCCUGGCCUCCUGCGGCAGCCACCUCAGAGGAGACGUCAUCGCUUGGUCCGACACAGAGGUGGAGCUUCACGGAGGCGUCUCCAGAUACCCGUUCGACCCCUGUCACUGAAGGCUGUUACACUGAAGAGCUCAGAGAUGCUCUGGAUCAAGGACGUUGAUCAUCUUUUAAAGACAAUGAGGGAGAGGAGAAAGUUCCUCUGACCUCCACCAGACUCAGAGUCAAUGCCUUCCUUUAAAGUUUUUCUAAAUAAAUAAAAGACUAAUAAAAAAAGAAAAAAAAAAGAAUCAUCUGUAUCUGCAGAUAACGUGUAGGACUUAGUGGCUUUAGUUACAGGCCAUUAUUUAUUGUCAGAAGUUAGUGUUUUAUUUUAAACAAGUGCUGUAUGUGACAUAUUGUCAUGUUGUUAAUAAAUCUAAAUCAUGUCAGGUCUGUGCUGACGCUAUCAGACCACACAUGUCGUGAUGGGUUCCUCUGUGGUUAAAUGACAAACUGUACGUUGUUAGUUUAGAAAUGUUUUCAGAAAUCAGUUUCUACUCUGGAUACACUUUUUAAAGGUUUCCAUGAAACAUACAGCUAAUUUACCAAAGACGUAGGAUGAAAAUUAAUUUGUAAUUUAUCUAUGUAUCAUAGAUAGAUCUGUGUUUCCUUUUGAGACAAAUGCUGAUCCACUCAGACAGAAUGUAGCGAUUUAUGUGUCACAAUUUUGUAUUGCAACGAGCCUCCUUUAAUCAACUGGAAAUCAUUAUUAUACAUAGUUGUUUUUGCAGACUUUUAUAUAUUUUCAGUGCAACUGAACAAUCAAGACAUUUCUCACUUUCUUAGUGAUUUAGUUUGUAACUUCUGUUAUUGUGUUUAAAAAAAGAAAUGAAUUUCUUUUGAAUACGCCUUGAAUGUAUAUGUAUUAUUGUACAGAAUCGUAAAGACUGAAUCUUCAGUAAGUUUUUCUUGUGUGUAAAUAAAUUUGUGAACAUUU